AAUAAAGCACACUCCUAUACAUAUAUGAAAGCAAAGCAACCCCGUGGACGGUGGAUGCUUAUUAUCGUAAGAAAGCGUGUGAAAUGGGGACUUUGCAUUCACACAGCCGUCAGGCGAACCCGAACCCAAAAAGCCACCAUCUUUUGUAGCGGCGUACAUUAUGAUUAGGAUUAUGUGCACACAAACCAUCAUGAUUACCCAACGACCCAUUUCACAUUGUCUCACUACUCUACUCUCUUCCAAUCUCUCUCACCAUUCCUAUCUUUCUAUAAAUAAAUCCAAACCAGUAUCAGUCCGUGUACAGGUUGAAAUAUUUCUUUUCUUUCUUUAUAUAUAUCUCUCACAGUUGAAUUAUUUUCUUCCUCUAAAUCCAAACCAGUCCUAGUCCGGUGCCUGCAGGACCGAAUAUAUAUAAAUAUAUAUAUAUAACCUCUCUCUGUCUCUCCGCCAUCAGAAAUCCAUUGAGCAGCUACAAUGGUGAGAGUGAGAAGAGGCAUUGCUUUGGUAAUACUGGUGGUGGUGGUGGUUUGUAGGAUCCAGACGUGUUUGUCAGAUAUUAGCAGAGCAAGCUUUCCAAAGGGUUUUGUUUUUGGCACCGCCUCUUCUGCUUUCCAGUAUGAAGGAGCAGUGAAGGAGGAUGGGAGGGGACCGACUGUUUGGGACACUUUUUCACAUUCUUUUGGCAAAGUAAUUGAUUUCAGUAAUGCCGACGUUGCUGUGGAUCAUUUCCACCGUUAUAACGAAGAUAUACAACUUAUGAAGGACAUGGGAAUGGAUGCCUACAGAUUUUCAAUUGCUUGGUCUCGGAUUUUCCCUAACGGAAGUGGUGAAAUCAAUCAGGCAGGAGUUGAUCAUUACAAUAAACUCAUCAAUGCUUUACUGGCCAAAGGAAUUGAACCAUAUGUGACCCUCUACCAUUGGGACCUUCCUCAAGUCCUGGAAGACAAAUACAAUGGAUGGUUAAACCCCAGAAUCAUAAAUGACUUUGCAACAUAUGCGGACACAUGCUUUCAGAAAUUUGGUGACAGGGUGAAGAACUGGAUCACAUUCAAUGAGCCGCAUACAUUUGCUGUCCAGGGGUAUGACGUGGGUCUCCAUGCUCCGGGACGGUGCUCCAUCUUACUUCACCUCUUCUGUAGGGCGGGAAACUCUGAAACUGAGCCUUACAUUGUUGCUCACAAUGUUCUUCUUUCUCAUGCAACUGUGACAGAUAUAUACAGAACAAAGUACAAGUCAAAACAGCAUGGAUCGGUCGGGAUUUCAUUUAAUGUCAUUUGGUUUGAGCCAGCAACAAACUCCACAGAAGACAUUGAAGCAGCUCAAAGAGCUCAAGAUUUCCAGCUUGGCUGGUUUAUUGAGCCUUUGAUCUUGGGGGAUUAUCCAAGGUCGAUGAGAAGUAGAGUAGGAAGCAGGCUUCCAGAAUUUUCUAAAUCUGAGGCCGCUCGUCUCAAGGGUUCUUUGGAUUUUGUUGGCAUCAAUUACUACACUACGUUUUAUGCAAGAAAUAAUUCAACUGAUGUAAUUGGUGUACUACUUAACGACUCCAUUGCAGACACUGGCGCCAUUACCAUUCCUUUCAAAGAUGGAAAAGCUAUUGGAGACAAGGCAAAUUCUAUAUGGUUGUACAUAGUACCUCACGGGAUAAGAAGCUUAAUGAAUUACAUAAAGCAAAAGUAUGGGAACCCUCUGCUUAUCAUCACUGAAAAUGGGAUGGAUGAUGCAAACAAUGCACAUAUCUCCAUAAAAGAUGCUCUAAAGGAUGAGAAAAGGAUCAAAUAUCACAAUGACCAUCUAAUGAACCUGCUGGCUGCAAUCAAGGAAGAUGGGUGCAAUGUGAGAGGCUAUUUUGUAUGGUCUUUAUUGGAUAACUGGGAGUGGGCAGCUGGAUACACUUCAAGAUUUGGUCUCUAUUUUGUUGAUUAUAAUGACAAGCUCAAGAGAUAUCCUAAGAACUCUGUCCAAUGGUUUAAAAACUUCUUGACUUCUAAUUAAAAAAUAAAAUGGAGAAAAUGAAGUUGCAGCAACCCUACAUUUCCAAACCAACACAUAUUGAAUGUACAAACAGUGUUGGAUUCAUUUAUAUAUAUAUCAAGGCACGUUAAUUUUAAGAAAUUGUGAGCUUGUUUGGCUAAUCUUGAAUCCAAAAACAGCAUGCAGAUUCUAUGUUUGGCUUUA